GGAGGGUGCACCUGAGCCUUCCUCGGCCACCGCGGCUCAGUGGCUGGAUCGAUGCUGUAGUAAGAGGAGGUGUGGAGGACUCGCUUUAUUUCAUCUGUUUGUUCCAUUUACCGAGGAUUUUAGGUGCCCAGGAGACGCCGAGGCCCGUGACAAAGGAGUGAGGCCAGCUGUGUUGGCGCCAUGAGCUAUCAGAUGCCUCAGCAAGCAAGACCCUUGUCACAAGGCGGGUACCACAACCCAGCAGACAUGCCUCUACAGAACCCCAAAGAGCAGAUCGCCAUGUGGCAGCAAAACGCCUACAUGAGUGACUCGGGCAUCCACUCCGGGGCCACCACCAACGCGCCAUCCCUCUCAGGCAAGGAGGAGGAGAUGGAUGCAGAGUGGAUAGAGGGGCAGACCCAGCAAGGCUUCAACCAGGCGGCCUUCACGACUGAGCAGGUGGACGACAUGAACCAGCAGCUGAACCAGACCAGGUCCCAGCGAGUGCGUGCGGCCAUGUUCCCGGAGACGCUGGACGAGGGCAUGGAGAUCCCCUCGACGCAGUUUGACCCCCAGCAGCCCACCGCCGUGCAGAGGCUGGCCGAGCCCUCACAGAUGCUCAAACAUGCCGUGGUCAACCUCAUCAACUACCAGGAUGACGCCGACCUGGCCACCCGCGCCAUCCCCGAGCUGAUCAAACUUCUGAACGACGAGGACCAGGUUGUAGUGUCCCAGGCCGCCAUGAUGGUGCACCGCCUCAGCAAGAAGGAAGCCUCGCGCCACGCCAUCAUGAACUCCCAGCAGAUGGUGGCGGCCCUGGUGCGCGCCCUCUCCAACUCCAAUGACCUGGAGACCACUCGGGUGACAGUUGGGGCGCUGCACAACCUCUCGCACCACCGUCAGGGGCUGUUGGCCAUCUUCAAGUCGGGCGGCAUCCCUGCUCUGGUGAAGCUCCUCAGUUCACCGGUGGAGUCCGUGCUGUUCUACGCCAUCACCACGCUGCACAACCUGCUGCUGCACCAGGAGGGCUCCAAGACGGCCGUGCGCAUGGCGGGCGGCCUCCAGAAGAUGGUCGCCCUCCUGCAGCGCAACAAUGUCAAGUUCUUGGCCAUCGUCACCGACUGCCUGCAGAUCCUGGCCUACGGGAACCAGGAGUCCAAGCUCAUCAUCCUUGCCUCCCAGGGCCCGCAGGAGCUGGUGCGCAUCCUACGUUCCUACACUUAUGAGAAGCUGCUCUGGACUACCUCAAGAGUUCUCAAAGUUUUGUCGGUGUGCUCAAGCAACAAGCCGGCCAUCGUGGAGUCCGGCGGGAUGCAGGCGCUGGCCAUGCACCUCACCCACCAGUCCACUCGCCUCGUUCAGAACUGCCUUUGGACCCUGCGGAACCUCUCGGACGCUGCCACCAAAGUCGACAGCAUGGACCAGCUUCUACAAAACUUGGUGCACUUGCUGCGUGCCAGUGAUAUCAACGUUGUGACCUGUGCUGCCGGCAUCCUCUCCAACCUGACCUGCAACAACCAGCGCAACAAGAUCACGGUCUGUCAGGUUGGCGGAGUGGAGGCUCUCGUGGCCACCAUCUACAGCGCUGGAGAGAGGGAGGAGAUCACCGAGCCUGCCGUCUGUGCUCUCCGCCACCUAACGGCCCGGCACCCAGACGCAGAGGUGGCCCAGAACGCAGCUCGCCUCAAGAAUGGCAUCCCCGUCAUCGUCAACCUCCUGCACCCCCCCUCCCGCUGGCCCCUGGUGAAGGCUGUCAUUGGCCUGAUCCGAAACCUGGCCCUCUGCUCGGCCAACCACGCCCCCCUGCGGGAGUCCGGGGCCAUCCCCAGACUGGUGCAGCUGCUUAUAAGGGCUUUCCAGGACACACAGAGGCAACGUUCGUCAGUGGCGAGCGGUGGGUCGGGCAGCAUCGGGGCCUAUGCUGAUGGGGUGCGGAUGGAGGAGAUCGUGGAAGGAACCGUGGGUGCCUUACACAUCCUGGCCCGCGAAUCACACAACCGGGCCAUCAUCCGGGGCCUCAACGUCAUCCCCAUCUUUGUGCAGUUGCUGUACAAUGACAUUGAGAACAUUGAGCGUGUGGCGGCCGGCGUCCUCUGUGAGCUGGCAGCGGACAAGGAGGGCGCUGAGAUGAUAGAGCAGGAAGGAGCCACGGCGCCCCUCACCGAGCUGCUCCACUCGCGCAAUGAAGGAGUUGCCACCUACGCCGCAGCUGUUCUGUUCCGCAUGUCGGAGGACAAGCCGCAGGACUACAAGAAGCGCCUGAGCAUGGAGCUGACCAACUCCCUGUUCCGCGAGGACGGCUCCAUGUGGCAGGGAGACAUGGCCGCCAUGCCCCCGGACCUCCAGGACUUCAUAGCUCCCCCAGAAGGCCACUAUGACCCCAUGUACGCCCAAGGCCCUCCUAGUGUCCACAGUGGCCACGCUGGGCCGAACUACCAAGGCGGCUAUGACCAUGUGCCUGUGGACUCGAUGCAGGGCCUGGAUAUUGGCUCCCAGCAUGGGGGCCCCGGGUCAAACUAUGGCCCUAUAGACCCCAGAGACUUACCGCCAGGGCACCAAGGCCACCCAGACUUAACAUUUGACCAGCAGAUACCUCCACAGCCUCCUCGAGACAACAAUCAAAUGGCAGCUUGGUAUGACACUGAUCUGUAGGCCAGUGUCAUGCAAAACUAAACCCACACUACCACAUCAAAGAGUAUGAUUAACUAUAAUUUAUGGAAGGAUGAGUUCAUGUCAGUAUGAGUACAUGAGUAACUAAAUCAUGGCAUUGGUGAGGCCAUCCCGUGCCAGCCUGGGAGGGUGGAGUCCUGGCCAGCGGUGAGGCAAUUCCUUGAUAUGAGUAAAAGUGACUCACUGCUGUUUAUUUAUUGUCCUCACGCUGAGGGAGAUGAUUCAUUACUAGGGUGAGAAUUUGAAACUUUGUAAUUUUGGGAAUUGAACUGAUUAGUGAAAUUUCAUUAAUCUUGGCCAAGGUUUUUUAUUAUUCAAAGUAUGUGUUUUUGUGUAAUGGGAAAAAUUGUUUAUUAAAAUUUCUUGACUUCCUUUUCUUUCCCCUGUCCUAAGAGGCCUCUUAUUUUAUGAUGUUUGUAUCUCAGGUGCUGCAGCAGCUACUUCUUCCUCUAAGUUUUGUAGUCACAGUAUAGUUGCAUUGGUCUGCUGAGGCAGCUCUUGUUAUACUUCUGCUAAGUUUUGUAUUGUGCAUUUAAUGUUUGGUGGAUUUUGGAUUGUUUGCUCUAGGUAAGCGUGUAAGGAACUGACUUGAGAUUCAGUGGUCGGAGCUGAAGAUCUUUGCAGCACAAAAUGUCAGGGUAGUCAGUAUAAUUAAGACGUAACAUUAUCAGCUGAAUACAACAUAUGAUGAUAGCUAUGAUGAAUGUAAAUAAUGAUUUUUCUCUUAAUAUUUUGUAAAGACUGAGUAUAUGGUAACCAUCAAGCUGUCAUGUUCCAUCUGUGUGUGCUCACUUGAGCAUGUGAUCUUCACAUAUGCAGUGUUUUGGUACUGGACCAUCAUGUUUUUUACCAUUCUGCUAGCUUGAUUGUAUUAGUGAUUCUUUGUAUACUAGAGAUGAUGCCUGUAGCAUACAUUAAAUAAGACUUAUAAGCUUUCCUUGUUAAGGACAAUCACAUAAUGAACAUACAAGACUUCAAUCAAUCAUGCAGUGUACAGGACUCGGCAAAAGUAUGCGGUGCUUUGCUCAAGGCGUCGCAGACUUGUGGCAAACAAAGAAUGGUGGCCUUGUAGGUGAAAGAUAUUAGACUGAAGUCUGCUGCUGCUACACAACAUAACUGCAUCCGUCAGCUGUCCGCAGCCACUUCAGGACCAGGCGCCAGUCACCUCCGGGCUGUCACAGUGAUCGGUGGUCUGCCACGUCUUGCUCCUCAGCCAUGCCUUGCUUUUUAUUAGUGGUGGUUGUGGUGUCACUAGGCUCAGAAACCAUUGGUCAGUGCUAUGAAGCAGGCAGGUCGCCAAACCAAGGGAAUAUCUGAGUUAGUGGGUGUGGCAAACUCGUAAGUGAGGAAGCACUGUGCAUGGUUCAGAGAGGAAAACACUGGUGAGAUGCCAUCACAGAAACUUUGGCCUGGUCAUCCCAGGAAGACUUCUUCAAGGUCUGUGAACUUUCUAAAACGUUCAUUGGAGAGUAUCCGUCGGGUUAGAGCCUUCACAGACUUGAAGUCUUCCUGGGAUGACCAGACGGAGGUUUCUGUGAAUGCGUCUUACCACUGUUUUCCCCUUCUGAAACACACCCAGCACUUCCUCACCUCACUGUCGACUUCGCUGCACCCACCAACUCAAUCAUUUCCUUAGAUUGGUGGCCUGCCUCCUCUACAGCAACGAUCUGAGCAGUGGUUUCUCUGCUUAGCUCCCUAGUAGGCGCUGUAACAAUGUGACGCCACAAUCACCUCUAAUAAGAACAAAAAACAAGGCACAGCUGCAGAGCAAGUCGCAGCAGACCACCGAACACCAUGACAGCCCAUAGGUGAGCGGUGGGUGGCCUUGAGGUGGCUGAUGACAGCUGACGGAUGCAGUGAUGUCAUGUAGUUGCCACAUACUUGGAUAAAAUCUCACCCACAAAACCAUCAUUCUCUUUAUGCCUUAACUGUGUGGCGCCUCAAGCAAGGCAACGCACACCUUUACCAAGCACUGUAUGUUUUGUAUCAGAAUGCUUCUCCCAUUGCUAAGGUUUUGUAGCCCAUGUCAGAUGUUCGGUGUCACCAGCAGGCUCCACAGGGAACAAAAAACUGAGGUCUGUGGUACUUGCCAGAGCCUAGGUUACCCCAGAAGCAUCCCUCUUCGCUUUUGUAUUGCAUGUGCUAAGUGAACCAUGAGUGUGGCAUCCUCAAUAUAUGGAAUAAGGAAUGGAUGCUUUGAAGUACGGAGCCCAGAAGAGUAUAGCUUAGACCCUCUUAUAAAGUAGAUAUGAUUUUGUAUAGAUUUUUAGUAAAGCUUCUUAUACUAUGUACAAACUGAGUAGCAAGCCAUAGUGAGAUACCACUAUACAUAUAUCGAGAUGCAUUUUUACGUUAACUAUGUCUUCUUGAUUGCCAUUUUCUGUCUGCGUUUGUAGCGUGAAGGAUGGCGACAAAAAACAAACCUUUCCUUUCCGUUCUCAGCUUUACGGAAUCAUGGAGGACAAAGGAACAAACACCAAAUGAUUCGUUGUCAUAUUCACCUCCCUCCUCAUUUAUAGACAUGUAUUUACACCCUAUAUUAUUAGUUUGCAAUGUGCCACAGUAUUAGAUAUAUAAUGUAAUAAGCAGUUCAUUCAAGUCAUAUAGAUUCCCAUCUCGUACUGUUAUCAGCAAUGAACAUUUCCGGUGUGUAGUGUGCGGCUGUUUAAGACCUGACACACACACAACUGCCACCAUCACCAGCAUGACAGGCACACACUAUACACCCCAAAUGUGCUUAGUCAUGAAUAUUACCUUGUGUUCAAUCUGGCAAUCAAAGGCAAAUAACCUCACCCUUGUUCUGGAAAUUGGAGUCAACACGGAUGCAUUUCCUAUCCUCAAAUGCCGAAGGGUGUCGCUAUUUCCCUGUGAUUGUUAAGUGUAUCCUCUUUCACCACAUGUUAGUUUUUUAGUCUGUGUAUCAAUUUAUCAGAUAAUCCAUUGUAAGUGAAGUGAUUAAUAGAAAGUUUUUUUUA